CGUGACUAGUGUCCGCUGCGAGUUUCAGCGUCGUAUCGACCGCUUUUGUAUGUUUGGUUCAUCGGCCCUGCAACAGCAACCGACCGAUCUGGGUCCACAGUUCAGACCAUAAACCAAAGGUGGCCUUGGGUGGAAGACCUAUUCUCCUCCUGCUCUUCCACCUCUUCUUCUUUCUCCUCCUCCUUCUCCUCCUCCUCCUCCUCCUCCUGGGUACCUGGCUUCAGCACCGCGGACAGCUCCCCGCCUCCAGCCCGUGAACCGGCGCCUCUUUUCGGAUGGUCACACACAAGUCACACCAGCAGGGAGACAGAGGCGCUCUGAGCACAUGAGACACUCCAAUAUUGGAUAUAUCCUCCCUUAUCUUUCUCUCACAUCACACCGGCGGAUGUGACAAAGACUACUGACUAUUCUGGGAGUCGAGAAAACAAGAAACACAAUGAUCUCUCGAUAUAAACCGAGUCCCAGUUCCACCAUGUCUUUGGCGUUCUGUGGGAACGAGAACAACUCGGCUGCCUACAACGUGGAUGGGGGGGUUUUGAACAACGGCUGUUUUCUGGAUGCGCUCAAUGUGGUGCCACACGUCUUUCUCCUCUUCAUCACCUUUCCCAUCCUCUUCAUUGGCUGGGGCAGCCAGAGUUCAAAAGUCCACAUCCACCACAGCACGUGGCUACACUUCCCUGGCCACAACCUGCGCUGGCUCCUCACCUUCGUCCUGCUCUUCAUCCUCGUCUGUGAGAUUGCAGAAGGCAUCGUCUCUGAUGGGUUCAGUCAGUCCCUCCAUCUGCACCUGUACAUGCCUGCAGGUCUGGCCUUCAUGGCUGGGAUUACAUCGAUUGUCUAUUAUCAUAACAUUGAAACCUCUAACUUCCCCAAGCUACUAUUAGCCCUGUUGAUCUACUGGGUUCUGGCCUUUAUUAUGAAGACCAUCAAGUUUGCCAAGUACACCGAGCAUGGCAUCGGCCCCCGGCAGCUCCGCUACUGCAUCACUGGACUGCUGGUGCUGCUUUACGGGCUCCUACUCACUGUGGAGAUCAAUGUCAUUCAAGGCAGGCGCUACAUGUGUUUUGCCAACCCGACAGAAGUCAAACCUCCUGAGGACCUCCAGGACCUGGGUGUGCGGUUCCUUCAGCCAUUUGUCAACCUGUUGUCUAAAGCCACUUACUGGUGGAUGAAUACAUUCAUUACCUCCGCUCACAGACGGCCCAUUGACCUCAAGGUCAUUGGCAAACUCCCCAUUGCAAUGAGAGCGCUCACCAACUACAUAAAACUGCGCAAAGCUUUUGAAGAUCAAAAGAGGCCUCAGGGCACGGCACCCCAGGGUCCAAAGUGGAUCUGGCAGGCCUUGAGGAAGGCAUUUGGGAGACCCCUUAUCCUCAGUAUCACAUUCCGCUUUCUCGCCGACCUGCUGGGCUUCGCCGGACCUUUAUGUAUCUCAGGCAUCGUCCACCACAUCAGUAAGGACAACAGCACAAUCCAGCCUCCGAAGAGGCUCCUGGGGAUCUAUUUUAUUUCCUCAAAGGAGUUUUUGGAGAAUGCUUAUGUGCUGGCUGUGCUCCUCUUCUUUGCGCUGCUCCUGCAGAGAACAUUCCUCCAAGCCUCCUACUAUGUGGCCAUUGAAACAGGAAUUAACCUGCGUGGGGCCAUACAGACUAAAAUCUACAACAAAAUCAUGCGUCUGUGCACCUCCAACAUUUCCAUGGGGGAACUUACUGUGGGUCAAAUUUGCAACCUGGUUGCCAUAGAUACCAACCAGCUCAUGUGGUUCUUCUUCCUCUGUCCCAAUCUGUGGGCCAUGCCAGUACAGAUCAUCGUGGGAGUCAUCUUGCUUUACUACCUCCUGGGAAUCAGUGCCUUGAUCGGAGCGACCGUCAUCGCUGUGUUAGCUCCUGUCCAAUACUUUGUGGCCACAAAAUUGUCUCAAACACAAAAGAGCACUCUGGAAUACUCCAGUGAGCGCCUUAAGAAAACCAAUGAGCUGCUGCGUGGUAUCAAGCUGCUGAAGCUGUAUGCCUGGGAGCACAUCUUCUGUGACAGCGUGGAGGAAACCAGAGGCAAAGAGCUCACCAGCCUGCAGGCCUUCGCUCUGUACACAUCCAUAUCCAUUUUCAUGAAUGCAGCUAUUCCAAUUGCAGCUGUAUUGACGACGUUUGUGGUUCAUGUUCACAUCUCCGAGGACGCCGACCUGUCCCCGGCGGUGGCCUUCGCCUCUCUGUCCCUCUUUCACAUCCUGGUUACUCCUCUCUUCCUGCUCUCCAGCGUUGUGCGCUCCACCGUCAAGGCACUUGUUAGCGUUCAGAAACUCAGUGAGUUUUUCUCCAGUGAUGAGAUCGGAGAUGAACAGGAACCCAGAGCGAUGUUAACCUCAACAUCCAGCAACCACAACCAAAACAGAUACCAGGCCGUGUCAUCCUCUAAACCUUUCCCUUCAUCCUCCUCCUCCUCCUCCUCCUUCUCCUCUGUGACCCGACGCCUUCAGCCCCUGAAGGUGGUGAACCGGAAGCGCCCUCCAAGAGAUGACUGGAAUAACUACAGUUCACGGGGGGACCAUGAUGGUGAUGGACCCUCCCAGGAUGUGGAUCAAGACAUAUGUAUCAAGAUAACCAGCGGCUAUUUUACUUGGACUGAUGGACCUCCAACACUGUCUAAUGUGGACAUCAAGAUCCCUUUUGGUAAAUUGACCAUGAUUGUAGGCCAAGUGGGUUGUGGGAAAUCAUCUCUGUUGCUGGCAGCUUUGGGGGAAAUGCAGAGAAUAUCAGGACAGGUCACUUGGAACAGUCUGCCAAACCUGGACACUGAGGGAGAUGAAAGCCCCACAGACAGAGAUGCAGCAAGUGAUGGAGAUAUCAGGAAGAGAGGCGCUGUGGCCUACGCUUCCCAGAAGCCCUGGCUGUUGAACGCCAGUCUGGUUGAAAACAUCACUUUUGAGAUGCCAAUGAUUAAACCAAGAUACAAAGCUGUGGUCGAGGCCUGUUCUCUACAACCUGACAUUGACAUCCUUCCACAGGGGGAUCAGACGGAGAUCGGCGAGCGGGGUAUUAUCCUUUCAGGGGGACAGAAACAGCGCAUCAGCGUGGCCAGAGCCUUGUACCAGCAGACCAAUGUGGUUUUUCUGGAUGACCCAUUUUCUGCCUUGGAUAUCCACUUGAGCGACCAUCUGAUGCAGGAUGGGAUUCUUAAGCUCCUGAGAGAAGAGAAAAGGACAGUGGUGUUGGUCACACAUAAACUUCAGUACCUACCACAUGCAGACUGGAUUAUCGCCAUGAAAGAUGGUACCAUCCAAACUGAAGGCACUUUGAAGGACAUCCAGAACUCAGAACCUGAACUCUUCGAGCAGUGGAAGACGCUGAUGCACAGACAAGACAAGGAGUUUGAGAAAGAGACAGUUGCAGAGAGCAUGACCGACUUGGAGAGAAAAAACCUGAGGAGAGCCAUGUACUCCAGAGAGGCUGUCCGAACAGAAGAGGAUGAGGAAGAUGGCACCCCUGGGUGGACAUGUGCGAUGGCUCCAGCAGCAGGUGUUGCGCUCAUUUUCGAUCGAGCAGAGGAAUCUGUGGAAAGUGACGACGACGACAACCUGUCACAGGUCAUGCGUCAGCGUGCGACCAUCCCCUGGCGCUCCUGCGGAACCUACCUGUCCUCCGCCGGCUUCCUGCUGCUGUCCCUGCUCCUCCUGUCACAGCUCCUCAAACACUCGCUCAUGGUUGCCAUCGACUACUGGCUGGCACACUGGACGUCACGCGUCAUCACAGCCAAGAUGGACGCGACAGCUCGAAACUGCACAAUCGUCCAAGACUGUGGCUUCAGUCAUUCGUGGUAUCUGUCUGUGUUCAGCGUACUGUGUUGUCUGGGCAUCGCGCUGUGUCUGGCCACCUCUGUGGCUGUGGAGUGGACCGGCCUCAAAGUGGCCAAAGAACUCCACCACAACCUGCUCAACAAGAUCAUACUGGCCCCCAUGAGGCUGUUUGAGACGACUCCGCUCGGCAGCAUCCUCAACAGGUUUUCUACAGACACAAACACCAUCGACCAGCACAUCCCCACCACCCUGGAGUGUCUCAUCCGUUCCACCCUGCUGUGUGUGUCCGCCCUGGGCGUCAUCUCCUAUGUGACCCCUGUCUUCCUCAUCGCCCUCCUGCCGCUGGCUGUUGCAUGCUACUUUAUCCAGAAAUAUUUCCGAGUGGCUUCCAGGGACCUUCAGCAGUUGGAGGACAGCACCCAACUCCCUUUACUCUCCCAUUUCUCUGAGACAGUGGAAGGUCUGACCACAAUAAGAGCCCUCAGGUACGAGCCCAGGUUCAGACAAAGGUUACUGCAGUUCACCGAUGCCAACAACAUCGCGUCCCUCUUCCUCACGGCUGCCAAUCGCUGGCUGGAGGUCCGCAUGGAGUACAUUGGUGCCUGUGUGGUCCUCGUCGCAGCUGUCGCCUCCAUCACUAACUCCCUGUACAACCAGCUGUCCCCUGGGCUGGUGGGACUUGGACUGACAUAUGCACUAAUGGUGUCCAACUACAUGAACUGGAUGGUGCGUAACCUGGCGGACAUGGAGGUACAGCUUGGCUCAGUCAAGAGGAUUAACGGCCUGCUCAAAACAGAACCAGAGAAUUACGAGGGUCUGCUCACCGUGUCUCAGGUCCCAGAUGGGUGGCCUCAGGAGGGAGAGAUCAAGAUCCAGAAUCUGAGCGUCCGUUACGAUGCCUCGUUGAAGCCGGUCCUCAAGAACGUCAACGCGCACGUCAACCCCGGGCAGAAGGUGGGAAUCUGUGGUAGGACCGGCAGUGGCAAAUCCUCUUUCUCCUUGGCGUUCUUCCGUAUGGUGGACAUGUUUGAAGGGAGGAUUGUGAUUGAUGACAUCGACAUUGCGAAGCUGCCUCUGCAGACCCUCAGGUCUCGCCUGUCCAUCAUCCUCCAAGACCCCAUCCUGUUCAGCGGGACCAUCCGAUUUAACCUGGACCCUGAGAUGAAGGCGACAGAUGAGAUGCUGUGGGAAGCUCUGGAGAUCGCUCAGCUCAAGCCUAUGGUCAAAUCACUUCCAGGAGGCCUGGAUGCCAAUGUGACAGAGGGAGGAGAAAACUUCAGUCAGGGCCAGAGACAGCUCUUCUGUUUGGCCAGAGCCUUCGUGAGGAAGAGCAGCAUCCUCAUCAUGGAUGAAGCCACGGCAUCCAUCGACAUGGCGACGGAGAGCAUCCUGCAGAAGGUGGUGAUGACAUCCUUUGCUGACCGAACAGUAGUUACUAUAGCACAUCGUGUUCACACCAUCCUGAAUGCCGACCUGGUGAUUGUGAUGAAGCGGGGGAUCAUCCUGGAGUACGACAGACCCCAGGCCCUGCUGGACAAGGAGGACAGUGUCUUUGCAUCCUUUGUGCGAGCAGACAAGUAGCACAAUGAGAGGAGAAACGUUAUAGGAAUACAUUCAAAGUGCAAUUGUCCCAUGGAAUAUAUUCCAUUUUAUUUUUUAUUCAUGAUGUAUUAUAUUUGUAUAUAAAGAAAAUGUUAAUUCUUUGUUAAUAAAAUAUAAAUUAUCAUUGAA